GAAACCCUAGGCUGUUCACAAUUACUGUACAUUACUCUUGCUGGGAUGAUAUAUACUGUAGCCUGUGUACUACACUCACCAGCCGCUAAACUCGCGAUAAGCUGUUCCCGAACUUUCAAAAUAACGGUGAAAAGGACUUCCCGUGGUUGUUAUCUUUCCCCGAUUCUUCCUCUUCCUCCUCCUCCUUUCUUACCAAUCUACACCUCCCUUCCCUCCCCUCCCCACCAAUACUUCCCAAGGGAUAGAGAUAACUCUCCUUUCAAGACCCACUCACUGGUACAGCACACGCUCAUCCUCAACCCGUCAUCAGACAACCGCGGGUGAAUAGUAAACAAGCUCCGGUCGCGCCUCCCCCUUCCCACCUUGUUUCAUUUAAACAAUGAAAACGAAACCUCCAUCUCCAACUUCCACCCCCGGGACCCUUCCCAAGAAAUCCCGACCGUCAACUUCACCCACAAGCGGUAGCAGCAUACCUUCACCCACUACUCAUCGCCCAACCUUCAACGCUCCAUCGCCCUCUGCAUCCUCAUCCACAGCCUCACCGCGACGACGAAGUUCGGGUGGACAGAUUUCGCGCUCCAUCUCUGCCUGUAACCGCUGCCGCUCUCGUAAAACUAAAUGUGAUCAAUUAUUCCCGAAUUGCUCAUCGUGUGCCAAAGCUGGCGUGGAAUGUGUGGGGAUCGACGCGGCGACGGGAAGGGAGGUGCCCAGGAGUUAUGUGGACUGGUUGGAGAAGCGAGUGAGGUUCCUGGAGCAGGAGAUGGGGAUUUCUAGUGACGGUACCGAGUCUAACCCUAGCGGGACCGGAGGCGGGGGGGUUAAGCGGAAGUUGAGCAACGCUCCCUCGGAGGAAAGGAGGGAAGCGUCGGAGGAGCACGCUAGGGAUGAUGGAAGAAGAGAUAAGGCACUACAUUUACGCCCGGAUAUCGACAAUCUCGUCAGUCAGGUCGGCCUUGUGAGCGUGCAGGGCACUAGCGCUCCCGGCUUCCUGGGAGGGACUUCGGGAAUCUCUUUUGCCCGCUUGAUGUUUGCAGCUGUAAAGACCACAAACAGGGACAACCCCCAAUCCUCCCAACCGACAUCUAUCCAAUCUACCCCCGCCGGUUCCUCUCCCAAGCCUCCCAAUGCGGACUCCGAGGUUGCGGCGGAUUCGUCCACCCAAAUCCCACGCAGCCGGCAACGUCCCGCACCAGCUCCAUUCCCUCGCCGUCAGGUAGGGGAGAAUUAUGUUGACAUAUUCUUCAACCAGGCCAAUCCGCAAACGCCAAUCCUGCACAGACCAUCAUUUGAAAAAGUGUUCCGGCAGGCGUGUUCGAAGAUCGAGGAGGAGGGAGGGAAUGGGUUACCGGCGAAUGGGGGCGCAGGGGGAACUAGUGGGGGCGAAAAGGAUCACCAACACCGUGCGGAUUUGUAUUUCCUGUACAUGGUGUUCGCCAUCGCUACGGCAAUGUCUUCGCGGACGGAGGCCUUGCCAGAGCGGUAUCAUGCGUCGGCGAUGCUGCACAUGGACUCCCUUUUCUCGUCCAUCGCACUCACAAAUAAUCGUCUGGAUGGGUUGAAGGGGAUACUACUCUUAGCUUUGUACUCCAUCAUGCGACCUGCAGCCCCAGGUGUAUGGUAUGUCGUUGGCGCAGCGAUGCGGCUGGCAAUCGACCUUGGCCUGCACCAGGAGAAUCCGCAGAAGGCGGAAAAGAUGUGGGACCCGCUCACGGUCGAUGAGCGGCGACGGCUCUGGUGGUGUACAUAUUGCCUUGACCGGCAGAUCUGCGUUUACCUUGGACGACCGUUUGGGAUUGCGGAUGAGGCUAUCGAGACCCCCUUUCCCGUGGAAGAAGUUGAUGGGUGGAGCGACGCGCAGCAGAUCGAAACGGGUGAUGAUGAUAAGAGAAUCAGGUCCUGUCGAACAGUAUCGAUACACAUCUUCAAAAUCCGCCAAAUCCAAUCCGAGAUUCAACAGGUUCUUUACCAGUCUGUUUCGGCGCUUCCCCGACGAUUUGCCACUGUCGAAGGGUGGCGCAAGGACGUUGAAUCGCGGCUAACGUUAUGGUGCGACUCUGUGCCAAAGUCGAGAGCCGAAAUGAGCAACUGUGGAUAUAACCUCUCCUUCAUUGAUCUGAAUUAUCAGCAAACACGACUGCUCUUGCAUGGGCUAUGCCCCACCGUCUCAACUCCAUCCACGGAAGCAUUCGAAGUGAUCGCCGACUCGGGGAGUAGAAUAAUAAGGCUUUACCGGCAGCUCCAUCGCGAGAAAUGCAUCAAUUAUACCUGGCUCGCGUGUCACAACCUUUUCAUGGCGGGGACAUCCUAUCUUUACGCCCUUUGGCACUCCCGGGAGGUGCGCCGCAAGACAACCGUCGAACAGAUAGACUUCCACAACCUAGCCUGUGUCGACGUCCUCGGCAGCAUGAUAGACAAGUGCCCAGCGGCCCAGGGCUGCCGCGACGUCUUCGAAUCACUCGCCUCCGCCACCGUCCAACUCUGCGCGAGCGAGUGCUCAGUUGAGCAUCCAAGCGCCAAACGCGUAAAGAUAGAAUGGCAGCAACAUCAACACCAGAAGGAACUAUACCAGCAGCAUCAACAACAAAUCUUCGAACACGAAUCCCAAGUCAUCAAGAACCUCCCCACAUCACUCGCGAAUAUCGUACACGUACCCAGUCCUCCGCCUGCAUAUAAUCACCCUGCACCGCCGCCCACUUACAGUGACGCUGAAAUGCUCAUGCCGCCACCACCGCAGCCGUACAGAACGGACCACCACAACCCUCACCAAAGCCACUAUUAUGAUGCAGCCCUCCAUGGAAACCCGGUGGAAAUGAUGGCCGUGAUGGAUGGCCGUGGGCUCUUUGAAAUGAUGCGGGAGGUUGGCACCGCCGACCCAUCUGCCCUGUGGGAAGGAAAUCCCGCUGGGGUCGCUGGUGUGCAUUAUGGGGCUGGAGGGGGCAUGGGAAUGGUUGGUGGUGGUGGUGCAGAGCUUUUUGGGAAUUGGCCAGGGUUUUGA